AUGUCCAUGUCAAUUCAAGACGCCGGCCAGGUCCGAGAUGGAUUCCCCCGAUUAUUCCCUGACACCCCUUCCAAUGUUAUGGACCAGUUUCACAUGACCGGCAAAGUCGUGGUUGUGACUGGUGCAGCUGACGGAAUCGGUCUAGCCGUGACGGAGGCUAUGGCCGAGGCUGGUGCUAACGUUGUCUUGUGGUACAACUCAAACAAAGCCGCGGUUGAAAAGUCUCAGAAUCUGGCAAAGACGCACAAUGUGAAGAGUGCUGCUUAUCAAGUUGAUGUUUCCGAGCCCGAUCAAGUUUCCGAGACGAUCAAGAAGGUCGUUGAGCAGUUUGGCAAAAUCGAUGUAUUCGUUGCCAAUGCAGGAAUGGCUAUUUCGAAGCCCAUAUUGGAACAAACAUUGCCUGAGUACAAGAAACUGAUGUCCGUGAAUGUGGACGGCAUUGUGUACUGCUCGAAAUACGUUGGCGAGGUAUUCCAUCGCCAGGGCUUCGGAAAUCUUAUCAUCACCUCGAGCAUGAGCGGCCAUGUCGUCAAUGUUCCCGUCGACCAGCCAGUGUAUAAUGCAUCCAAAGCAUAUGUGACUCACUUUGGAAAAUCUCUUGCUCGCGAGUGGCGAGAGUUCGCGCGUGUUAACAUUGUCUCUCCUGGUUUCUUUGAUACAAAAAUGGGAGCAAGUCCUCAGUGCAUCAACGAGGCAUAUCGCAUGUCGCCUAUGGGACGGCAGGGGCAUACCAAGGAAAUCAAAGGACUUUAUCUCUACCUUGCCAGUGAUGCUUCUACCUACAUGACUGGAAGUGAUGUCCUCAUUGACGGAGGUUAUGUUUUGCCUUGA